UGGCAUCUCUGGUGGCAGAUGCUGCGGCAGGCGAUCCACAGAGGGCUCCGCUCGUCGUGCCACCAGCUGGGCUUGUUCGUCAGCCGCCACCCGGUCUUCUUCCUGACGGUGCCCGCAGUGCUGACGCUCAUCUUCGGCUUCAGCGUCCUGCACCGCUUCCAGCCCGAGACGGACCUGGAGCGCCUGGUGGCGCCGAGCCACAGCCUGGCCAAGAUCGAGCGCAGCCUGGCCAACAGCCUCUUCCCGCUGGACCGCUCCAAAAGCCAGCUCUACUCGGACUUGCACACCCCGGGGAGGUAUGGCCGCCUGAUCGCCCUCACCAAGCCCGGAGGCAAUAUUCUGCAUCAGGCAGAAGGACUGCUGCGCAUCCACCGAGCCGUGCUGGAAAUGAAGGUGAACCACAAAGGCUAUAAUUAUACUUUUUCCCAUCUGUGUGUGUUGAGAAAUCAGGAUAAGAAAUGCGUGCUGGAUGAUAUAAUUUCAGUGCUAGAGGAUCUGAGGCAGGCUGCCCUCUCCAAUAAGACAACAGCCAGGGUGCAAGUGAGCUAUCCCAGCACUAAACUGAAGGACGGAAGAAGCAGUUUCAUCGGCCAUCAGCUUGGUGGGGUCAUGGAAUUGCCAGGCAGCAAGGACCAAAGGGUGAAGUCGGCCAGAGCCAUCCAAAUCACUUACUACCUCCAAACCUACCAUUCUGCAGUACAGGACCACAUUGGUGAAAAAUGGGAGAAUGAAUUUUGCAAACUGAUACCCAAACUGCAGCUGCACCACGAGGAUCUGCAGCUGUAUGCUCUGGCCUCCUUCAGCCUGUGGAGGGACUUUCACAAGACCAGCAUCCUGGCCAGAGGCAAGAUUUUGGUGAGCUUAAUGCUGAUUCUGCUGGCUGCCAUCCUCUCAAGUUCCAUGAAAGACUGCCUGCGCAGCAAGCCCUUCCUUGGCCUCUUGGGAGCGCUCACGAUCUGUAUCUCCAGUGUCACUGCGGCAGGGAUAUUUUUCAUUACUGAUGGAAAAUAUAAUUCAACUCUGUUGGGAAUUCCUUUCUUCGCAAUGGGUCAUGGAACAAAAGGAGUGUUUGAACUUCUGUCAGGAUGGCGCCGGACCAGAGAAAGCCUGCCGUUCAAAGACAGGGUUGCCGACGCCUACUCAGAUGUGAUGGUCUCCUACACCAUGACAAGCUCCUUGUACUUCAUCGCCUUUGGCAUGGGUGCUAGUCCUUUCACCAACAUUGAGGCUGUGAAAGUCUUCUGCCAGAAUAUGUGCAUCUCCAUCCUGUUGAACUACUUCUACAUCUUCUCCUUCUUUGGUUCCUGCCUGGUCUUUGCUGGACAGUUGGAGCAGAAUCGGUACCACAGCAUCUUCUGCUGUAAAAUCCCCUCAGCAGAAUACCUGGAAAGGAAGCCUAUUUGGUUCCAAACCAUGAUGAGUGAUGGCUACCACCACUCUUCUCACCACGAAACUGAUCCAUACCAGAACCACUUUAUUCAACAUUUCCUGCGGGAGCAUUACAAUGAAUGGAUUACUAAUAUCUAUGUUAAGCCGUUUGUGGUGAUACUGUAUCUCAUUUAUGCUUCCUUUUCCUUUAUGGGCUGCUUACAGAUCAAUGAUGGAGCCAAUAUUAUCAAUCUUCUCUCCAGCGAUUCUCCAAGUGUCUCCUAUGCUGUCGUUCAACAGAAGUACUUUAGCAACUACAGCCCAGUGAUAGGGUUCUAUAUCUACGAGCCCCUUGAGUACUGGAACAGCACCGUCCAAGAUGACUUAAAGAAGCUGACUGAAGGUUUCAACACCCUGUCCUGGAUUCAACAGUAUUACCAAUAUCUGAAAGCUGGGAAUAUUAGUGCCACCAACAAAAGCUACUUCCAUAGCAUCCUGCAAAGCUCCUUUCUAAGAAAGCCAGAAUUCCAGCACUUCAAAAAUGACAUCAUUUUUUCCAAGGCUGGAAAUGUUAAUAGCAUAGUUGCAUCCCGCAUGUACCUCGUGGCUAGGACUAGUGAAAGAACACAGAGAGAUGUUAUAGAGUUACUGGAGAAGCUGAGACCCCUGUCUCUGAAGCAGAGCAUCAAGUUCAUCGUGUUCAACCCCACCUUUGUUUUCAUGGACCAGUACAGCCUCUCUGUAACCAUGCCGGUCUUGAUUUCAAGCUUUGGCAUCUUACUAGUGUUGCUGCUGACCUUCUUCCUGGUUAUCCAUCCUCUAGGGAACUUCUGGUUAAUUCUCACUGUCACCUCAAUAGAGUUGGGUGUUCUCGGCUUGAUGACUUUGUGGAAUGUUGACAUGGAUUGCAUUUCCACACUGUGCCUUAUUUACACUUUGAAUUUUUCCAUGGAUCACUGUGCACCCCUGCUUUACACAUUUGUACUAGCAACUGAGCACACCCGAACUCAGUGUAUCAAAAGCUCCCUCCAAGAACACGGAACAGCAAUUUUGCAAAACGUUACUUCUUUUCUUAUUGGGUUGGUCCCCCUCCUUUUCGUGCCUUCAAACUUGACCUUCACACUGUUCAAAUGCUUGCUGCUCACCGGCAGUUGCACACUUCUGCACUGUUUUGUAAUCUUACCUGUCUUCCUAACCUUUUUCCCACCCUCCAAAAAGCACCACAAGAAAAAGAAACGAGCCAAACGAAAGGAGCGGGAAGAGAUUGAGUGCAUAGAAGUCCAAGAGAAUCCCGAUCACGUGACAGCAGUCUGA